AUGAGGGGUUUUGGGGGAAAUCAGAGAGACUUUGGCGCAGGUGAUAAUGGGAUGAAUGGAUUUAGUGGCGAGAGACAGGAGGGGGUUGAUGAGAUGGACGUGGAUGAGAUGGACGUGGAUGAGAUGGACGUGGAUGAGAUGGACAUGGAUGAGAUGGACAUGGAUGAGAUGGACGUGGAUGAGAUGGACGUGGAUGAGAGUAACGCUGGGCGAGAUCGAGGAGCAUGGGAGGAAAGUGAGGAUAUCCAGAGAGGAGUUACUGAAGGCGGUCAAAUGUCAACUAGCCACAGAGAUAUCCAGUGCAGGAGAAUGGAGUUGAUUAGAGAGCAUGAGUAUUUGUGGCAAGCCUUAGGAGCAUGA